AUGACAAGGGCUCCACAAGGAGAGAAGAACAGCCGGAGGGGUUUUGACGAAAAGGCUUACUUGUCCUCAAAGCUGCUGAAGGCUGGAGAAGACCCCUACCGCCAGCAUGCUUUUAAUCAGCUAGAGAGUGACAAACUUGGCAGUGACCGACCCAUUCGGGACACCAGGCACUACAGGUGCACUUCUGUACGCUAUGACACAGACUUGUCAGCUACCAGCCUCAUCAUCACCUUCCACAAUGAGGCACGUUCUACCCUGCUCCGCACGGUGAAGAGCGUCCUGAACCGCACCCCUCCAAGCCUCAUCCAAGAGAUCAUUUUGGUCGAUGACUUCAGCUCAGAUCCUGAGGACUGCCAGCUCCUUACCAAGAUCCCAAAGGUCAAGUGUCUACGAAACACCCGGCGAGAAGGGCUGAUUCGCUCUCGGGUGCGAGGAGCUGAAGUGGCUACCGCUGACAUCCUCACCUUCUUGGACAGUCACUGUGAAGUCAACAGUGAGUGGCUGCAGCCAAUGCUUCAGCGAGUAAAAGAGGAUUAUACCCGAGUGGUGAGUCCAAUCAUUGAUGUUAUCAGCCUGGAUAAUUUUGCCUACCUGGCAGCAUCAGCAGAUCUGAGGGGAGGGUUUGACUGGAGCCUUCACUUUAAGUGGGAGCAGAUUCCUAUAGAGCAGAAGAUGUCCAGAACAGACCCAACUCAGUCUAUAAGAACCCCUGUCAUAGCAGGAGGCAUCUUUGUGAUCGACAAGGCCUGGUUUAACCACCUGGGAAAAUAUGAUACUCAAAUGGACAUCUGGGGAGGAGAAAAUUUUGAGCUCUCUUUCCGAGUGUGGAUGUGUGGUGGCAGCUUGGAGAUCGUUCCCUGCAGUCGAGUGGGACACGUGUUCAGGAAGCGUCAUCCCUAUGACUUCCCUGAGGGCAAUGCACUGACUUACAUCAAGAACACCAAGCGCACAGCAGAGGUGUGGAUGGACGAAUACAAGCAGUACUACUAUGAGGCCCGGCCAUCUGCCAUUGGGAAGUCAUUUGGAAGUGUUGCAGAGCGAGUGGAGCAGCGACGCAAACUGAACUGUAAAUCCUUCCAGUGGUAUCUGGAGAACGUCUACCCCGAGCUCAAGAUUCCUGAAAAGGAGUUGAUUCCAGGAAUAAUUAAACAAGGAGGAAACUGCCUGGAGUCUUGGGCACAGGAUACUACAGGGAAUACAUUGGCUGGCAUGGGAAACUGUAAAGGGACAGUGAACAAUCCACCUGUCACUCAGGAGUGGGUAUUCAGUGACCCUUUAAUUAGACAGCAGGACAAGUGUCUUUCCAUUACCUCCUUCUCUACUGGCUCUCAAGUCACACUGGAAGCCUGCAAUCAAAAAGAUGGCAGACAGAAGUGGAAGAUGAAAGGCAGUUUCAUUCAACACUUUAUCAGUGGUCUCUGCCUGGAAAACCAGACUGGAAGAGUGGUGACCAACCCUUGCCAAGCAGGUGUACCUGGCCAACAGUGGGAGCUGCUACAAGCAACAUGA